CAUCAAACAACAAACACGAAGCGCAUAAUCCUGUCUUUCACAAGAAAAAAAAAAAAAUCAAUCGCUCACAUUUAAUGGACAGCAUUACUCAAGAACUCCCCUAUCAUCAAACAUAACUACCCUCCUCAGUACAAGAAUCUUGUUACCUCUCUGAAGCCUGCUCCAUCAUAAUUUCCUUCCAUCCUCAUUCAAACCAGAAAAGAACAGAAAAAAGAAAAUAAAACGAAGAAGAACCUUCAGCAGUUCUUCAUUGGGUCAGUGGUCAUCAUCGUCUUCUCAAAGACACAAUCUGCAAUGGCGGCUGAAGACGAGGCUGGCAACAAUGACGAUGGUGAAUCUAAGUUCAAGCAUAGGCGGAGAUGGACUCCGAGCGAGGAUGAGAUUCUUAAAGAUUAUGUCAAGAAUAAUGGAGAGCGAAAUUGGAAUGCAGUGCCAAAGAAAACUGGAUUGAAUCGUGAUGGCAAGAACUGUAGAAAUCGAUGGAUGCGCCAUCUUCGCCCCAAUUUUAAGAAAGGAUCUUUCACUGACGAGGAGUCGAAGACGAUUCAGAGCUUGCACAAUUCAUGGGGAAACAAGUGGGCUAAAAUCGCCGAAGAAUUGCCUGGUCGGACCGAUUAUGAAAUCUGGAACCACUGGACACUGAAGAUAAGGAAAGAACAGCGAAUCAGACAUGGAGUCAAAAAUACCUUCAACAGUAACCAACAAUUACGACAUCUCAGGAAUCAGAGUAGGCAGCUUCCUCGUCAAAAUACAAGGGAUGUUGGUUACAGAGGCUCAACAGGUUUUCCACACGCUGGCCCUCCGGAGUAUGAUGAACAUACGCGUGUUCUCUUCCCUUUGCAAACUGAGAAUUGGCAGCGGGGCACGAAGUUGACCGAUAAUGCUGAUGGGCUUCUUCCUGAAAAUGCAUCAGGUGCUGGUUUUACAUGCCCAACUGUCGCACGUCCACAGGAGGCGGAAACAUCAACAUCCGCACCUACUAAUCCAAACCAAGUACUGAGCCAAUCAGCACAAUUAGACCAAAGAGAGCACCAAAUGCCUACAACAAGAAACAACUCAGAUACAGAUGUAACCGAGAACAAUCCUAAUUUCCAGAAGAAAUAGAUGCAGGAGCAAAGAUGAAGAAUGAAGCGGAGCUUUCAUGUUCAAUACAUCGGAUGGAGAAAUUGCAUCCCCAUGUACAGUUAACAAGAUCAAUUUCCACAUGAACUAAACAUGUUGUUGAAGAUAUUUUACGUGGUCCAUAUUGUUAUUCCUUAUUCUUUGAAAUUGUACAAAAUUAAUGAAGUCAUUUUAUCUGCUCAAAAAGAAAGAUUAAAUUUCGGACCGAGUAGAGUUCUUUUUUUCCUGGACAUUGAAAGCUAAGAUCACUUGGCGGAGCUCAAGUAUAGA